UUAAAAAAUAGUUCGGUAAUAUGCGCAGGGACAUGCUCUGUAGUAACUAGAGCGAUGGCAUAUUGGCUUCAAUGUGCGUGGAUGGAGUGGCAGAACGCAAACACACUUUUGCAGUUUUAGAAAAAGUUGUUGUUUAAGCGCCUACGCUGCGAUGCCCGGAGGUACAUUUCAGUAUGAACAUUUCACUUUAGUGCUUUGGUAAAACAGGAAAAAUAUAGUGUAGGGCCUAUACAAACAUGCCGAUUUUAUGUAUUACUUUCUCUGAGCCAGAUUUCAAUUAAAAAGGAAGGCUGGAAACGUUUGUGAAAGUAAACGAGUACUCAACCCCAAAAUAAAAAUCUCAAAGGGAAAUUUCCAUUGUGUUUUGAUAUUUUUGCUUCAGCUGCAGUACAAAAAUCCGCCCCUUUCAGAUUUUUCUUUUCUGGUAGAGCAGGUUUUCGAACUCCCCCCCCCCCCUUAACAAGACUGCGAGGUCACCCACGGUUAUUCGUCCCUAAUCCGAGCUGUCUGUUCUGACGAGGUGCUCGGAAAGCUGAGCAGCGUCUUCGCUGCAUGACACGGUAGCCGCUCGUUGGGACCGACGGGCAGCCCCCGCUGACCCCGGCUAACGCGUUAGCCUACAAGCUAGCCGACUUCCUUGUUGGAGAGGGAGGUUCGCAAGCGGCCGGAGGUGAUUAGGCCCCAUCCUAAACUGCGAAGCCGCGGGCUGGCGUCAUGUCGGAGCCCAAGGCACCCACGCCGACACCCGGGGACACGUACAAGGGCUGGCUCUUCAAGUGGACUAACUACAUAAAGGGUUACCAGCGGCGAUGGUUCGUCCUGAGCAACGGCCUACUGUCCUACUACAGGACGCAGGCAGAGAUGGGGCACACCUGCCGGGGCACAAUCAACCUAGCCACGGCCAACAUUGCAGUGGAGGACUCGUGCAACUUCGUCAUCUCCAACGGCGGUGCGCAGACGUACCACCUGAAAGCAAGCUCGGAAGUGGAGCGCCAGCGAUGGAUCACUGCCUUAGAGCUGGCCAAGGCAAAGGCCGUGCGCAUGCAGGCCGAGUCUGAUGAUUCGGGAGAUGACUGUCCUCCAUCGUCCCCCCCGUCUGCGGGACAGGGUGGGGGGGCCCGUAACGCAGAGGUGCAGUCAACACUGCGCACGUUGGGCAACAAGGUGGAGGACCUAAGCACCUGCAAUGAUCUCAUUGCCAAGCACGGCUCUGCCCUGCAGAGAUCCUUGUCAGAGCUGGAAGGGGUGCGUCUGGGGGGAGAUGCGGGAGACAAGAUCCGGCAGGUGACGGAGAGAGCCACGCUGUUCCGAAUCACGUCUAACGCCAUGAUCAAUGCUUGCAGGGACUUCCUGGCUCUGGCCCAGGCCCACAGUAAGCGCUGGCAGAAGGCCCUGCAGGCAGAGCGGGAGCAGCGUGUCCGCCUCGAGGAAACCCUGGAGCAGCUGGCCAAGCAGCACAACCAUCUGGAGAGGGCGUUCCGGGGGGCCACAGUGCUGCCUGCCUCUCUGGCCAACACGCCUGGGGACAGCAAAGGGUCCGUGCCUGGAAAAGGGGACGUGAGUGACGAGGAUGACGAAAAUGAGUUCUUUGACGCCAUGGAGGAUGUACCAGAGUUCAUCACCGUACCUGCUGAUCCCAAGUAUCACAGGAGAUCGGGCAGCAAUGUCAGCGGGAUCAGCAGCGAGAUCGGUAUGGAUGAGCAGUCGCUUGACGAACAGUCGCUGGCUUCCAAUCCGGAGUCUCCCCAGCCGCAGGAGGCGGAGCCAGUGCGAAAGAGGCGGACCCGCAUUCCUGACAAGCCCAACUACUCGCUGAACCUGUGGAGCAUCAUGAAGAACUGCAUUGGCAAGGAGCUCUCCAAGAUCCCCAUGCCCGUGAACUUCAACGAGCCGCUGUCCAUGCUGCAGCGCCUCUCGGAGGACCUGGAGUACUCUGAACUGCUAGACAAGGCGGCCAAAUGCCAGAACCCCCUGGAGCAGCUAUGCUAUGUGGCAGCCUUCUCCGUCUCGUCCUAUUCGACCACCGUGCACCGCACUGGAAAGCCCUUCAACCCCCUCCUGGGGGAAACCUUUGAGCUGGACCGCGUCAAGGAGAGUGGCUACCGGUCCCUGUGUGAGCAGGUGAGCCACCACCCUCCAGCAGCCGCCCAUCAUGUGAUCUCUGAGCGAGGAUGGACCCUGAGACAGGAAAUAGCCCUAGCCAGCAAGUUCAGGGGGAAAUACCUCUCAAUCAUGCCCCUGGGAACUAUCCACUGUAUAUUUGAAAAGAGUAACAAUCACUACUCCUGGAAGAAAGUCACCACAACCGUGCACAACAUCAUCGUGGGGAAGCUGUGGAUCGACCAGUCCGGCGAGAUCGACGUGGUGAAUCACCGCACCGGAGACCACUGCCACCUCAAGUUUGCCCCCUACAGCUACUUCUCCAGGGACGUGGCUCGGAAGGUCACAGGCGUGGUGAGCGACAAGGAUGGCAAGGUGCACUUCGUGCUGUCAGGCACAUGGGAUGAGAAGAUGGAGGUGUCCCGCGUGAUGCAGAGCAGCCGAGGAGGUGGCGGUGAGAAUGGGACCGACGGCAAACAGAAGACCGUGUACCAGACGCUGCGAGCACGGGAGCUCUGGAAGAAGAACCCACUUCCGGAGGGGGCAGAGACCAUGUACUACUUCUCAUCCCUGGCGCUGACGCUGAAUGAGUCAGAAGAGGGCGUGGCCCCCACGGACAGCCGGCGGCGGCCGGAUCAGCGGCUCAUGGAGCAGGGCCGCUGGGAAGAAGCCAACGCGGAGAAGCAGCGACUGGAGGAGAAGCAACGCAGCGUGCGACGGGAGCGGGAGCGGGAGGCGGCACGGGUGGCAGGCCCCACCGAGGACGCUGUCAUUGAGGACUCCAUUACUGACUCACCUCAGAAAAGCACCCACCAGGACAACUACAAGGCGCAGUGGUUUGAACGCACUGAGGACCCCGCCACGGGAGAAGUCACCCAUAUCUACCAGGGGGGUUACUGGGAGGCCAAAGAGCAUGGCAGCUGGGGGACCUGCCCCGACAUCUUCUGAGCCCACCGCCAGGCGACAGCGGGCCUAGGAAUUCUUAAUGAUGAUCACCUCCACUGCCCCGGCCAAGCUGCAGCUCAUUGCCUCUAAUUUUGGUUCUUCUGCUUGAGGGAGCAAGCUGACUGUGUCCAUGUUAGCGACCAUCCUGGUGUCGUGUCUGCCCACCCCCCCCAGCAGCUCUAGUGUCAUUAUUAAAUAGCAGGUAUUUACCUUUGGACGUGACUUUGAAGCAGUCACUGUUAAUGUGAGACUGCCAAGCUCUACCCUCUGUCACCUCUCGUGUGUGUGUGUGUGUGUGUGUGUGUGUGUGUGUGUGUGUGUGUGUGUGUGUGUGUGUGUGUGUGUGUGUGUGUGUGUGUGUGAUGCGAUGCGAUGCAUGUGGGCAGGGUUAGCUUAGGGGUGGGGGGUGGCCCCCUUGUGUGGGUGGGGUUACAUUAGGGGUGAGGAUGGACCCCUUCAUGUGGGCGAUGUUAGUGAUGGUUUGAGUAUUAAUCAUGGGGGUACAUUCCCCAUCCCUUUUCAGCCCCUGUAGGAUCACACUUCAGCUGCAGUCCUCACACACAUUUUGUCAUUGAUUUGUAGUUUUUAUUGAGUUUGUUUUAUUUUUUUCGCUGCAUCUGAAGGCUGACACCCUUUCUGCCGCGUGCAGCAUGUCGCUCCCCGCCUGGAAUCCGGAGAUAGAUGCAGUCUGUUCAUCGCUGCUGGGCUUCUCCGUAUUAGCCUGGGAGCAUAGAGCGAUGCAGUGUUCCCAUGGAGAUGGCUUGCUGUCACUAGGUAGUAACUGUAAGGAAACGGCCAGCUGGGGCUUUUUAAAUGUAAAUGAUUGACAGUUCCCUCCCACCUCGACAUUUUGUUGUGCUUUGGAUUAGAUUAGAUUUACGCUGCUAAUGGAUGUUUUUUGCCUCCUGCUGGCCUCCUUUGGUGCAGGCGAGUGUCCAGUCAGCAAAACACUUAACAGCGCCUUGGCACCAGGCACCGACAGCUGGAUGGGCGCGCGUGUGUGUGUGUGUGUGUGUGUGUGUGUGUGUGUCUCUGUUCUGAUGGGCAGCCAGAAAUCAUGUGGGAACAUGGGACUUGUUCUGGUUGAGGGUUUGUGAGUUUGCUCUGAAAACAAAACAUUUUAUUUUCAAGUGUACUUAAGAAUCAAGAUACCGAGAACAGAAGAAAAAUAUUGCAAAUAUGUCUGUGUAAAUAUGAAAUUAGUAGUAUUAAUGAGUGUAAUAAUAAUAACAGUAAUACACUUGGGAAGGUUAUUUUUGAUUUUUCUUUAGUUCAAAUUUGCUGUCAGCCUUUCAGGUUUUUUUUUUUAUCAAACAAUGGAGCAGUGAAGGAGUGUAACAUUCCCUGGAGUCGCCGACAUUCUGUCCCCUCGUCAUUCCCAGCAUCCCAUAUCAGUGAACUGCCCCUGUCCCAUCCACACUCCUCUGCGUUAGUGUGUUGGGCCCCGUACCCCUUAUUUCUGCUCAAUUUACUUUGUGAUCACAGGAUGAAUAAUGGCUGUCUUCAGGCUUCUCUCGGUCUCCCUCUUCCUGAUCAUCUCUGUAUACUCUGGCCAUGGCGGGGGAUGCGACAGGUGUAACAAGGGACAUGCAAUCAUGCAAAUAAACUUUGAAAAAGCUCA